GUCCCUACAAUCACCUCCCUCCUCCAAAUCCACCAAUCCCACCCUCUCCGCCGCAAAUUUCAUCAUCCCCUUCCCUCCGCCCACUCUCUGCUAUGUUUGUGGUUCGAUUCCUCGCCGUCUUUUUUCUCUUCUCUCUCGCUUCCGCCGCCGCUCGGCUGCCGGACGACGAAGUUGAGGCGCUGAGGAAAAUCGGAAAGACAUUGGGGAAGACGGACUGGAAUUUCUCGGCGGAUCCAUGCGGCGGUUUGAGUAGCGGUUGGGUAUCGGCUUCCUUCGAAACUGGUUAUUAUAAUAACGUCACCUGCAAUUGCACCUUCCACGCUCAUACCGUCUGCCACGUCACCGGCAUUCGUCUAAGGGCGCAGAGCCUUCCGGGUACUCUGCCGCCGGAAAUAGCGAGGCUGCCUUUCUUGCAGGAACUCGAUCUUUCCCGCAACUAUCUCAGCGGCCCGAUUCCUCCAGAAUGGGGUUCCACCAAGCUUGCCAACAUCUCUCUUCUUGGAAAUCGAUUGUCGGGUCCAAUCCCAAAAGAGUUGGGAAACAUCAGCACGCUUCUAGAGUUGGUCAUUGAAGUUAAUAAUUUUUCUGGAAGUCUACCUCCAGAACUUGGAAAUUUGACCAAUUUAUCAAGAUUACUUCUCACCUCAAACAACUUUUCUGGGGAGCUCCCAUCUACCCUGGGAAGUAUAACCACUAUGACGGACUUUCGAGUUAGUGAUAAUCACUUCACAGGGUCAAUACCUAAGUAUAUUGAGAAUUGGCCGAAACUUAUAAAACUAGCUAUUCAGGCAAGCGGGUUGAGUGGGCCAAUUCCUUCUGGAAUUGGACGUUUGACACGACUAAAUGAUGUGAGAAUCAGUGACUUGAACGGAGAUCCAUCACCCCUUCCACCCAUUAAUACUUUAACAAAUUUGAAAACCCUGAUAUUGAGGAGUUGCAAUAUAAAUGGGACGCUGCCCGAAAGUUUUGAGGGGCUGCAAAACGUGCAAACCAUAGACUUAAGCUUCAACAAGAUUACUGGACCAAUACCUGCCGGCUUUGAAGCUUUGAAAAAAGUGGAUAGAAUAUAUUUAGCUGGAAACUUGCUAAACGGAGCGGUGCCUUCUUGGAUGCUGGAGGAAGGAGAAAACAUUGAUCUCUCUUAUAACAAAUUUACUCAUACAAAUUUUCAGGACAUUGGUUGUGAAGCACGAAGUAUAAACCUGUUUGCGAGCUCGUCAGAGGAUAAUAAUUCUGGAACAGUUUCAUGUUUAGCGGGCACUUGUCCAAAAACUUGGUAUUCACUCUAUAUCAAUUGCGGUGGGAAGGAAGAUUUAGUUAACAGAACAAUCAAGUAUGAUGCCGACACAAACACUGGAAAAUCAUCCUUGUUUUUUCAAGGUGGAGAAAAUUGGGGAUUUAGCAACACUGGUAGUUUUAUGGACGAUGAUCGCUCAACAGACGACUACAUUACAUUAAGUCCACCUUCUCUCCCUAUGCCAAAUCUUGAAUUGUACAAGAGUGCACGAAUUUCUCCAAUCUCUCUUACUUAUUAUGCAUAUUGCAUGGGUAAUGGAAACUACACGGUAAGCCUCCAUUUUGCUGAGAUAGAGUUUUCUGAUGACAAGACAUACAAAAGCCUUGGCAGACGCUUAUUUGAUAUCUACAUUCAGGGAAAGCUGGAGGUGAAGGAUUUUAAUAUUGCAGAUGCAGCAGGUGGCGUUGGCAAACCUUUCGUACAGAAAUUCACUGUUUCUGUAACUAAUGGUUCUAUAGAGAUUCGCCUAUUUUGGGCUGGGAAGGGGACAAAUUCAGUCCCUAUGAGAGGAAUUUAUGGUCCUCUAAUUUCAGCCAUUUCUGUUGAUCCUGACUUUGAGCCACCAUCAAUGGGUGGAAAUGUCAUAUCUGCCAGUACAUUGAAUGGAAUUAUGGCUGCUGUGGUCUUUAUUAUCAUCUUGGUUUUUGGAGUCUCGCGGUGGAGAGGCAGCCAAAUAAAGAAAAGCACACUUGAACAAGAGUUGAAAGACAUAGAUCUAGGAACAAGUUCAUUUUCAUUAAGACAAAUCAAAGCUGCCACUAACAAUUUUGAUGCUGCCGAUAAGAUCGGAGAAGGCGGUUUUGGUCCUGUUUACAAGGGCGUUCUUGCCGAUGGCAGUGUAAUUGCAGUGAAACAACUUUCUUCGAAAUCGAAACAAGGAAAUCGAGAAUUUUUGAAUGAGAUAGGCAUGAUAUCUGCGUUGCAGCACCCUCAUCUAGUGAAGCUUUAUGGAUGCUGCAUUGAAGGAGAUCAACUCUUGCUAAUAUAUGAGUAUCUGGAAAAUAAUAGCCUUGCUCGUGCCUUAUUCGGACCUGAAGAAUAUCAACUGAACUUGGAUUGGCCAACUAGGCAGAAGAUAUGUAUUGGUAUUGCUAAAGGUUUAGCAUAUCUUCAUGACGAGUCGAGACUAAAGAUCGUUCACCGAGACAUCAAAGCUACCAAUGUUCUUCUCGAUAAAAAUCUAAACCCCAAGAUUUCCGACUUUGGUUUGGCCAGGCUGGAUGAAGAAGGAAAUACACACAUCAGCACACGGGUUGCCGGAACCUAUGGAUAUAUGGCACCAGAAUACGCUAUGCGAGGCUACUUAACUGACAAAGUAGAUGUUUACAGCUUCGGUGUGGUGGCAUUGGAAAUAGUCGGUGGUCGAAGCAACACAAGUUUUGGAUUCAAGGAUGAUUGCUUAUACCUUCUUGACUAUGCUUACAUUUUAAAAGAGGGAGGCAAUUUACUAGAGCUUGUUGAUCCACGGUUAGGCUCCGAAUUCAACGAGAGCGAGGCAAUGACGAUGAUCAACAUUGCUAUCCAAUGCACGAACAUCAAUGCUGCAGACAGACCCUCGAUGUCACUAGUAGUGAGCAUGCUGGAAGGGAAGGUUGCUAUGGAGGAGGUGGUUUCAGAUCCUACUAUCUCAAAGCAAGAUGUGAAUGCAGUGUUGAGCAAACUGUACGGCAAGAAAGGGCAAACGACGAGCGAGAGCGAGAUACAAAGCAUGAUGACGUGCGAGAGCGAGACACAAAGUAUGUUGAAGGAUGGACCAUGGACUGAUUCUUCAAAUACUGACAGUGAUUAUCAUAACAUCAUCUUGGAUUCUAAAUGAUUGGAUGAUACGGAUGAUAGGAACUAGUGUACUGUUAUGAUUCUUUGCUCUUUCUUUGUUAACCGAUUCUUUUUUCAGCUGAGUCGUUCGUAAUUGACGACUUAGUACUCUAUUCUUCGAGAUCAGAGAUUUAAAUGUUCCUAUUGUUUU